AUGACCGAUCCCAGCAUUCACGCUUUUGAAGCGUACUUCCGGCGCUACUAUUCGAGGGGAGAAGAAGAAUGGGCUUCUUACAAUCGUGAAGCGUCUAUAGAAAAUGCAACUAUGAUUUAUGAAUUCUCACAAAUGGAGCAGCAGGAUUCGGCAACUGAAAAGACACCGUCUAACUACUGCCUUCCGGAAACCGAUCUGUCACAGGCUGGAGCAGGUUUGGAAACUGAAGAAGACCCAUCCUGGAUGAUUUGA